GGAAUCAGUCAAGUUCUUAGCUUUGUACGAACUAAACGAAAUAAUAUUUCACAAAUUUGACUUCUACGAAGCGUUUUGCACUUGUGUUCAAAAUCGUCAAGCAAAUUGUCAAGCACAAUCUUUUUGUUUUAAAAAACCAAUACUGUUUCUUUCAAAUUCACUUAAUUCAACGAAUAAAACAAACAGCUCAGCAAAAAUGGUUGGAAUUAACGACACAAUCGGAAGCCCAAACUUGGUGCACAAAGUUGAUAUCGAAUAUGAGACAGCAACCUUUGGAAUGGGCUGCUUCUGGGGGGCAGAUGCUUUGUUUGGCGCCACGAAAGGUGUUCUACGUACUACAGUCGGCUACUGCGGUGGCACCACCGAAAAUCCAACCUACAAAACUAUUGGUGAUCACGUUGAAGUGAUUACGAUCGAUUUCGAUCCGAAUGAAGUGACUUAUUCGCAACUUUUAGACCUGUUCUGGAACAAUCACGAAUACGGCUUGACGACUAGAGUCAAGCGCCAAUAUGCAUCGGUCAUUUACUAUCACAACGACGAACAAAAACGCGUGGCCAGUGAAAGUCUGGAAAGUGAACGUAUCAAUCGGCCAACAGAACAAAUUAUUACCGAAAUCGUUAAGGUUGACACCAUCUAUACGGCUGAAGACUAUCAUCAAAAGUACUAUUUACAAUCUCACAAAGAUCUUGCAAAGACCCUUAGUUUGGAUGAGAAACUGUUGAGAUCAUCACAUGUGGCCGCCCGAUUGAACGGCUAUUUGGUCGGCGUAGGUGGUGUCAAGCAAUUUUUGGACGAGGCUUUGGCUCUUGGCUUGAAUAUUGCACAAAAAGACUAUGUUCGACACUACUGCGAGAAGAACGAAGGCGGUAAUUUAUAUUGCUGAUUUAUUUGCGAUGAAAUGCAACACUGAAAUGCAGUUUCUCUUCAUUUCGCUAUCUUUUUUCUUUUUCUAAUUUUGAAUAAAAUAUUAAGCUCAAUCAUAUCUAGGAUGUGAAAAGUACAAAUUUGAUUUUAGUAAAAUAGACAAAAGAAAAUAGCCCAUGUAAUUAUGUUUAAGACAAUCAAAAUUUUUCCCCACAUUGAUCUUAUAUGAAUAACAAAUUGUUAUGAAAUUUUAAGUUUUUGGAUAUAGUAUUAUACGAAUGUAAGAAUAUAAGACGAACAAAUAAUAAAUAAUAAUAGGAGUUUAAAUAAAACAAAACCAAAAA